CUCCACCUGUAAAACACACCAUCUCAUCUCAUCUCAUCGCCGUAGAAGAAUACUCGUCCUUCAACUCCUACCACCGCUAGCUGCUGCUACAGUGCCCCGACUCUUCGGCCAAAAAAGCCACGGAGGCCGGAGUAAAAGAGCAUCUCUCGUUCGUUCUCACCUCUGUCGAAACCCACAUAGAAAUAUACCGCGGCCCUGGCCCCCUCGCGAGCCGUGCUCCGUCUCCUUGCUUCUCUAUUUUAACGCCUUGGACUGCACCGCCCAUUCUUGGUUCUUCAUUCACCUCCCGAGGACGCCAAUCGCCUCUCGCUUCAGCUCUCGAGAAACGAAACACACACUCACGCACGCUCGCUUCGAGGAGGACUUCUGAGUUUCUGACUACGGCCAUGGACAUGGACGCCGCGCAGCAGCAGCAUCACCAUUACCCAUGGCUCAACUUCUCCCUCGCCCACCACUGUGGCAUGGAGGAGGAGGAACGCGGGGCGGCGGCGGAGCUGGCCGCCAUCGCCGGGGCCGCGCCGCCGCCCAAGCUCGAGGACUUCCUCGGCGGCGGCGGGGGGAACGGUAAUGGCGGCGGUGGCGGGCCGGUUGUGCCUGCAGGAGCGGCGGCGGAGAUGUACGAGUCAGAGCUCAAGUUCCUGGCCGCCGGUGGGUUUCUUGGAAGCGGCGGCACUGGGACGUCGCCCGCCGCGCCGCCGCCGGUCGUGGCUCUGGAGGAGCAGGCGGCCGAGGCGAAGCUGGCUCUGCCGCUCGUGGCGGCGCCGGCGCCGGAGACGAAGAAGGCCGUGGACUCGUUCGGGCAGAGGACCUCCAUCUACCGUGGCGUCACUCGGCAUCGUUGGACGGGUCGGUACGAAGCGCAUCUGUGGGACAACAGCUGCCGGCGUGAAGGCCAGAGCCGCAAGGGCCGCCAAGUGUAUCUCGGUGGCUAUGACAAGGAGGAGAAGGCAGCGAGGGCGUAUGAUCUUGCCGCUUUGAAGUACUGGGGUGCUAGCACUACCACCAACUUCCCGGUUGCUGACUAUGAAAAUGAGCUUGAGGAGAUGAAGCACAUGACGCGCCAGGAGUUUGUAGCUUCCCUUCGGAGAAAGAGUAGUGGAUUCUCCCGGGGUGCUUCUAUCUACAGGGGUGUCACAAGACAUCACCAGCAUGGUCGAUGGCAAGCAAGGAUCGGGAGGGUGGCUGGUAACAAGGACCUCUACCUCGGAACAUUCAGUACUGAGGAGGAAGCCGCGGAAGCCUACGACAUCGCGGCCAUCAAGUUCCGCGGCCUGAACGCCGUGACAAACUUUGAGAUCGGCCGGUACAACGUCGAGAGCAUCAGCAGCAGCAACCUCCCGAUCGGCACCGCCUCGGGCGCCAACCGGGGCAGCAAAUGUGCUUUAGAGCCCACUCCGGUGAUCUCCGACGUCGAUGCCCCGAGCAUCGCGCCGCACUCGCUGGCGUUCACGGCGCUCCCGAUGAAGUACAACCAGCAUGAAAACGAUUACCUGUCGUUCCUGGCCAUGCAGCACCACCAGCAGGGGAACCUGCAGGGGCUGGGCUACGGCCUCUACAGCUCCGGCGUCAACCUGGACUUCGCCAACGCCCACAAUGCCGCCACAAUGACAGCGGCACAAUGCUACGGCAAUGGCGGAGGCAGCUUACAUCAUCAGCAGCAGCAAGAGCAAGAUCAUCAUCAGCAGCAGCAGCAGCAGCAGGACCAGGAGCAAAACUCCAACGGCUGCCCGUCUUCGGUGCCGUUCGCGACGCCCAUGGCAUUCAGUGGCGGGACCUAUGAAAGCUCCGUGACGCCCAGCCCCUUUGGAUACUACUCCCCAAAUAUGGCAGCCUUUCAGACACCGAUCUUUGGAAUGGAAUGAUUCGGGCGGUGCAUGCAAAGGAGAAGGUGGCCUGGCCCUGGGCCUGAUCCUGAAGUGAUGAGAUCAAAACUGACAAUAGUUUCAGAAGUCGCACACACAGCAAAGACAUAAAAGGGGGUAUGGCAUGAUGCAAACAUAGGAAGCAGCAUGCACGACACUGACAGGCCAGAGACAGGGUAGAAGAAGACUGCUAACAAAAUGAUCGAUGCAGCAAAGCAGCAGGCUAGGUAGUAGUAGCAGAAUUCGUUUUCUGAACCUUUUCCCUUUUGUAGCUUUGGUUUAUGCUUUUGUCAUCGCUGGGCUUUGUUGCUUGCCUCAGCUAGCUUCUUUUCAGCUUUGUCUUUCUGCUGACAUGAUUCCGCAAGUGCCAUCAUAGUUUAGCUAGGCAGCCAGCCCUGUAAAAUGGAAGCAGGAAUGCAGGAACAUCUUUGUAGCUUUUGCCUCUUUUCCUUUUCUUGCCCCUCUUCUGCUUUUCCUUGUUCGAUCGCUUUAAAUUAGUGGCCCCCUGUGCUACUGGAUAGCUAUGCUCCAGAGUCAGAGAGGAUAUAUAAAUUCCAAUGUUUUUGCU